ACAAAACUCGAGAAUACGGCCCCCGUUCUGAUCUAUGCGUCGUCCGAUCUCAUUCGCACCUAAAUUUGACGGAGGCAGGUUUUAGAUUUUAAAGUGACAGUCAGCCAUGGCUGUGGAGCUCAUUAUGAACCAGACAAACUUUGUUUCAAAAUCAGAACAAAACGCUGUGCAAGAAGCUGCUUCUGGCCUUCAGAGUGUUGAGAAGCUUAUUAGAUUAUUUUCAUCUCAAAAUAAGCAUAAUCAUUCAUCCGAAGAAAAGGUAGGCAUGGAAAUGGAGAGAGAAUACGUGGCUGUGACGGAUGUGGCAGUAAACAAAUUCAGAAAAGCUAUUUCUCUUCUGGGUCGAACCAGAACUGGCCAUGCUCGUUUUAGAAGAGCCCCUGUUGUUUCCUCUCUUCCUUCUUCUCCAUCUUUACCUCCGAUUUCGGAUCCUCCGUUGAGAGAAGAAUCUGUUGACAAUAAGAUUUACUGUCCAACUCCUAUUCAACAAGUCCCAGCUUUAGACUAUCCUUAUAAUCAUCACCAAGUUGGGAUCCCGAUUGUGAAAGAAAAUAUGAAAGAGUUUGGGUCAAAGACCAUUAGUUUUUCUUACUCGCCGGUGAUUUCUCGUGCAAACUCGUUUAUUUCGUCUUUGACUGGCGAUACAGAUAGCAAGCAGCUUUCCUCUUCCUCAGCGUUUCCGAUUUCCAAUCUUUCUUCUGCCGGAAAGCCUCCUCUGUCUUCUUCUUCCUUUAAAAGGCGAUGCAGUUCAUCAGAAAAUGGCCUCUCCGGCAAGUGCAGUUCCUCCUCCUGUCGCUGCCACUGUUCCAAGAGAAGAAAGCUAAGGCAGAAAAGGGUGAUUAGGGUUCCAGCCAUAAGCAUGAAGCUAUCAGACAUCCCACCAGAUGAUUACUCAUGGAGAAAAUACGGACAAAAACCCAUCAAAGGUUCUCCCCAUCCCAGGGGUUACUACAAGUGCAGCAGUGUGAGGGGAUGUCCAGCGCGUAAACAUGUCGAGAGAGCUUUGGACGAUCCAAAAAUGCUUAUAGUGACAUAUGAAGGCGAGCAUAAUCAUAGCAUCUCAGUUGCAGAAACAAGUAGUAUGAUUUUAGAGUCUUCUUAAUUUUUCUGUAAUUAGUGCAUAAUCUAGCAUUAGAAACUAAUUAUCUGCUUUGUUUAUGCGUCAUCAGUUCAAUAUCUCGAAGGGGAUUUACUGGGUUUAGUUUAUUUUCGUGGUAGAAGGAACAAUGGAUCCUUCUUUCUCUCUCUCUAAAUCUAUCUAUGUGAAAUUUACUCAAAAAUGUAUUUGUGGCGAUUAACAAUUGAUUGCAACGAAUUUUAAAAUCUCUUCGAGUCUA